AUGUCCAAAUCUGUCUGGCUGACAGCAAAGAUCCAGCUGUGUUGGUGGCACCUGCGGAAAGCCAUUAGAGAACGGUUAGCAAAAUCAAAACUGUCAACAACUCCAUACAGGCCUGCUCGCGCGAAUCAGGAGUUUCCCUUCAUCAAUAUCGCAUUUAGGCCGGCAGGUACCCCAGACACCAGAGAGUUUGAGGGUGGUGUCCUUCUCGAACCUGAUAAAGUCCCCACAGAUGACAAGACUGUGCCGUCACUGUCAAUUCACAUCCCCAACCCUUCCCAGCUCUGUCCCAGUAGAAUCGCCAAGUUCAGCAAUGUUGAUUCAGCAGAUGAUGGUGUCAAUACCAUUAAAAACACACUAACAAUCAAAAUCAAGAUACCGAAGAAAGGACCCGACGAACAAUUAGAGUCUGUUCAUUCACGAGUAUUUUGUCCCCCUCACCUCUGUGAAUCAGUAAUUGGACUGAUCGAGCAUCAUUUUUGUGCCCAUCCAUUGAUACCAGGCUACUCAUAUCCAAGUGCUGUGGGCAUCUGUCAGUGGGCAGUAAAGCAGAUGUAUACAUUUUGCAAAGAAAGUGACCUUUGUGAGGUUUGGGCUUACCUUUGGGAGAACUGGUAUCGACGUGGCCGGUGGGAACUUUGGGCACGAGCCAUUGCACCAAUGGAGAUACCAAGACUAAAAACAACCAUGGUACUGGAAAGCCACUGGCGUCGAAUCAAGGUUGAUUAUUUGUACCAUUUUUCGAAGCCCCGUAUCGACCUUCUGGCAUGGAUUUUGGUCACCAAACUCGCACCAUCAUACAACAAAAAACUGGACCACUUACUCCAUGAUACUGGCCAUUUUCGGGAAUUGUCAUCAUGGCGCAAGUCAUUUAAAAGUGAAUGGCGAUGA